AACCCAACCACUAUUCUCUCUCUCUCUCUCUCUCUCUCCAUCUCAAAAUUCAGAUCAUCCAUGUGAUGUGCUCCUCUGACUGUCAAAGCCAAGAACAAGGAAGAUCAACGAGAACAACUUUAUAUAGAUUGACAGUGCAAGUCUAGAAUUAAUUCUGCCUCAAAAUCUUUGUUCUUUUUCUUCUUAUCCAAAAACUACAUAUAUAUAAUAUAUAUACACACAUAUACACAUGGUGAAGCUAGCAUCUGCACGAGAAAGCCGAAUGUACGGGCCCCGGCUGGCCCGAAACCGAUCGGAGUAUGUAAACGCGGGGCUAUACCUGUUUGCCACCAUUGUCCUUCUUGGCGGGUUUGCCGCUCAGUUCUCAAGUGAGCCCAAGUCUGGUCUUGUCCUUUUGCUCAUAGCUUUAGCGCUUAUGAUAAUGGUUAAUGUGCAUGAUCUUUUGGCGCAUCUUGCUGGGUUCGAUUACCGCUUGCAGUUGAUGGGGUUCGAUCCCCAGCUUGCGUUAGUGGAGUUUGCGGUCCCAGUGGUUCAGGCGCUGGGAUCUGUUCUCUUCUUCUUGGGGAUUCUUUUUCUUUUCAUUCAGGAAGAGAGGGGAUAUGGCUACCUGAAGUUGGAAAAGCAUGGUCUGAACAUGCUCAUUGCUGGCCCUGUCUUAUGGGUGCUUGGAUCGAUCCACAACUCAUGCCAAAUCUAUGAGAGAGCUGGUGGGCAUGUCCAAAUGUUGCAGCACACUGUCCACAUCCCAUUUUUGAUGGGGAGUGCUCUCUUCUUGGUGGGUGCAAUUCUCAACUGCCGUGAGCAAGCUGGAUUAGCCCAUCAUGGACUAGAUCUACUAGGUAGGACUUGGAUUUGGCUAGGCAUUUUUGGCAGCCUUCUGUUCUUUCUUGGGGGAUUAGCAAAUGUAGUUAAGGUGUUCAAGAUGCAGCAGAUUGAUGGAGUGAGGCUGGAGAAACUGCGGGGAGGGGCACAAGAACGGCUGAUGCGAGUAAGAGAAGGUCAGGUCCCCCUCAUACUAGAAGAGCAGCGGAGAAGGCUACAACCCGAGGAACCAAAAGUGGCAUCCGGGCCGACAACUUCAUAUAAGGAUGCCCUCGUUAGCAGUAGUUAAAAUCAUGUUGUCUUCUGUAAGAACCAGCUUAUAAUAUAGCUCCUUGGUUCUUAAUUUUGAUUCAUCUUACAUUUGCAGAUUUCCUUGACUUGAUCAGCCCUAUUACUGUUAAGUAUACGGUGCAUGUAUUGACGUUAGAAUACUUUCAUUUUCUUUUAGUACCAAUUAACGAAAUAAACUGGAUGUCUUGUUUGUUUU